GCCUUUCUCGCCUGUGUCCGAUAUUCAGUGCUAUAUAUACGUCGGACACGCGAAUACUUUUCUCGACUCCAGCAAUGUCAGCGAAAUUCUGGCUGAUGAAGGCAGAGCCGGACUCUCGCAUUGUCAAGGGCAAGGACGUCAAGUUCAGCGUGGAUGACUUUGAAUCAGUCAAGACGACGCCAUGGGAGGGAGUGCGAAAUGCAGAAGCCCGGAAUCUCAUGAAGGAGAUGAAGGCCGGCGACAGGGUGCUCUUCUAUCAUUCCAAUUGCAAGAAUCCAGGCAUCGCGGCUUUUGCAAUGGUCACUAAAGAGGCCUAUCCUGAUUACACUGCAUGGGAUCCAACACAUCCGUACUAUGACGCUAAAACAGAUAAGGCAGAUCCAAAAUGGUACAUGGUCGACGUUACCUUCGUCUCUCGCGCGGCCCACUUCGUUCCGCUGUCUUUGCUGCGGAAUAUAGCGGCCGCUCCACCAGACGCACCUCCAAGCGGAGUGGAAUAUAUAGGGUCAGAUGGUGUUAAAGCCAUCAAAGAGAUGGUGCUAGUCACGCGCGGCAGACUCAGCGUACAAAGGGUGGAAGAGAAGACCUGGGGAGUCCUUGAAGACUUAGCCGAAAAGGGUGGUUGGGAAGAGGCCGGUGUGAGCGCUCCAAAGGCAAAAGGGAAGAAGAAGAGUGCUUCAAAUGGUGCGGCGUCGAAGAAACGCAAGGGCCCUGGCAAGGCUACGAAGGACGAGACGAAAGAUGAUGAGCCUAGUGUGACUGCAGAAGGCGGACCGCCUGCAACGCAGGACGUGUCAGACGAGGUGGCGACCACAAAAAAGAAAGUGACAAGCCGGAGUCAUAAGCGCAAAGUGGAUGAUGGAGACACGAAGCCAGAUGAGGCACUCGUGCGACGGUCGACGCGUUUGAGGAAGAACUGAAUAUGUGGAUCUCUUACAUGCUUUUGGUAGGAAUUGUAACCGUACUAGCUCUGUAUACCUUGCACUUCGGAUUUCUUAUACUGGAAUCUGCCAUUAAGCGGCUCAUAUUUGCAUUACCCCAUUGAAGGGGCAUGGCAUUCAGAUGCCCCUGGCC